CUUACCAGAUCGAUCGUGCAACGUCCAACAGUUUGAAAAAGAGAGAAAGGAAAUAAGGAAGGGAGAAGAGAAUAGCACGAGAGAAACCGGACAAUUUAGUAGACUGACGACGACGCAGCGAGUGGCUUGGGUUGUGUGGACAGCAAUUCAUCUCCUCGGUACAGCAGCGUUUACAGGACAAGGAGAGCGAGUAGCAUUGUGAGGAGGCGAUCGCACGCGCGACUCGCGAGUGUGGCGGCCGGCUGGCUGACACGUUCUCGUCGUCGUCGUCGUCGUUGUCAUCGUCAUCGUGAUACUCGCACAGUCCGUUGUCAUCCAGUUGUCUCAUUACGCGUCUAGUUGAGCAAGGACGCAGCGGACCUGAGUGGACCACGCGACCGAGCGGAACGGGCGAGAGCGGACCCAACGAGCGGAGUGACUCGGUCACAGCUACGACGAACCCGUCACGAUGAGUUUUCUAUUUGGGAGUAGGUCUUCCAAGACUUUUAAACCAAAGAAAAACAUCCCGGAGGGUACUCAUCAAUAUGACCUAAUGAAACAUGCCGCUGCUACAUUAGGCUCCGGUAAUCUACGAUUGGCCGUAAUGCUUCCUGAAGGAGAGGAUUUGAACGAAUGGGUCGCUGUUAAUACUGUUGAUUUUUUCAAUCAAAUCAACAUGUUGUACGGCACCAUCACAGAAUUCUGUACGGAGGAGAGUUGUCCCAUCAUGUCGGCUGGACCAAAGUACGAAUAUCAUUGGGCCGAUGGUCACACGGUGAAAAAGCCUAUCAAAUGCUCAGCACCCAAAUACAUAGAUUACUUAAUGACCUGGGUGCAGGAUCAAUUGGACGACGAGACUUUAUUUCCAUCCAAAAUCGGAGUUCCUUUCCCCAAGAAUUUUUUAUCUAUUGCAAAAACUAUUCUGAAGCGGUUAUUCAGAGUAUAUGCUCACAUCUAUCAUCAGCAUUUUAGUGAAGUUGUGCAGCUCGGUGAAGAGGCGCAUUUAAAUACAUCGUUUAAACAUUUCAUAUUCUUUGUUCAGGAAUUUAAUUUGAUCGAGAGAAGAGAAUUGGCACCUUUGCAGGAGCUAAUAGAAAAACUGACGGCGAAAGACGCGCGAUGAGUCCGUCUACUGUCUACGAGCCACUUGUCCUCUCGAAACUUUUCCAAAGAAUCUCUCAACCAUGCUAUCUUCGCUAACCCGCACAUAUAAUUACAUUAUUUAAACUGAUCUAUUAAUCGCUAACUCCACGAUCUGCCUCUGUUUCAAAGAAUUGACGGCAAAAACAUGUCACCGCUCCAAAAACAAGUGAUUGAUAACGCGAGAAAAUACCUACAGUGUUCGUUCUGAAACCUCAUUCUUCUCUGACGGCGCAUAGAUAUAUUCUGUAUACUCACUAUGUGCACAUAUAUAAAAAGAGAGAGAAAAAAAACUUAUCGAGUGG